AAAAAAAAAAAAAAAAAAAAUGGUCAAAGCGAAAAGAUUCGUCGUAGUGAAACAUUUUCAAAACAAUCCAAAGCCAUCAGAUUUGAAACUGGUCGUAGAAGAACUACCCACUCUUCAGAAUGAAGAGUUCCUUGUUCAAGCAGAAUAUCUUUCUGUCGAUCCUUACAUGCGAGUUUAUACUCAGAGAUAUCCAACAGGUAUAACAAUGAUUGGCAUACAAGUAGCCAAAAUCAUUGAAUCAAAGAAUACAGAUUUCCCAGUAGGGAAAAGAAUUAUUGGUCCCUUGGGAUGGAGAACACACACGAUUAUAAAUCCAUAUGGCCCUGAACAUGACUUCCUAGGAAUAAAGCCGAUGUUGGUACCUGAUAUAGGAGAUCUAUCACCAUCACUGUUGUUAGGAGCUUUAGGAUUGACAGGAAUCUCAGCAUAUUUUGGCCUUCUAGACAUUUGUAAGCCAAUACAAGGUGAAGUUCUUGUUGUGAGCGGUGCAGGAGGAGCUGUUGGCUCACACGUUGGUCAAAUAGCGAAGAAGAUCUUUGGACUUACCGUUAUUGGCAUUACUGAUUCAGAUGAGAAGUGUAAAUGGCUUGUAGAAGAACUUGGUUUUGAUUAUGCUAUUGAUUACAAAAAAGAAGACGUUGAAGUUUCUUUAAGAAAAGCUGCACCAAAAGGAAUUGACUGCUAUUUUGAUAAUGUAGGAGGAGAAAUUUCCACUAGUGUUAUAUACCAGAUGAACAAUUAUGGUCGUAUAGCUGCAUGCGGAUCUAUUUCUUCGUACAAUCUAGAUUCUUCGUCGUUAACAAAAUCGACGAUUCUGCAACCGCCGUUUGUGUUCAACCGAUUGAAAAUGGAAGGUUUCUUGGCGACUGAUUGGAAGGACCGUUGGAACGAAGGUAUACAAAAGAAUCUUCAAUGGAUACGCGAGGGGAAACUUCUCUAUCGUGAAACAAUUACAAAUGGUUUUGAGAACAUGUUCGAUGCAUUUGUUGGCAUGUUGGAAGGGGAGAACAUUGGCAAAGCUCUUGUUCAAGUCUGAACAGAUACACAAGAAUUGUUACAGUCUGUUUGUAACUUCUAAAAUACACAUAUUUUCUCUGUUUCCCUAUUCAAUUUUUUUUGGUCAUUUUUAUAAAAUUCUUAAAUCUUAAAAACUGCAAACUUUUACUUGCGUUUGUCACAGACAGAAGAACGAGGUAAUUAGCAUAGACAGUUUUAU